ACACCUAUUAAAACGCGGGUAUGGCGUAUUCCAAUGGUUCCCUCGCGCUCUCCCAUGCCAGCCAAUCUGAUCUCGUCGUCCUAGAAGCCACGUUAGUUCAUGUAGACCACGAUUCUGCUUUUCAUCCCCAUAGAGCAUAAUACGUACGGUAACAACCCCAUCUGAUUUACUUUCCAGAUUCCCAGGCCAAACGACGCAAUCUGCAUUGCCACAUAUGCGGCCUUCACCAACAUCAACUUCUGCGCUGUUCCCUCGCUCUCGAAUCGUUGGAACGCCGAGUUUGUCGCCAGUAGUCCCAUCAAGGGGUUCUUGAAUGCCAUCACAACCAUCAUAAUCGAGAAUAUCUGAAGCCCAUUGCCCGACAUAUACAUCAUAAAGCCGGUCAUGGGAAUCUGCUUCACAGGUGCCAACGCGACCUCCCAUGCCUUCUUCAGCUUAAGCGUGUCUGUUUCUUCUGUCGUAGGUGGUUUGCGUGCAUUGUUGCCUGCGGCAGCUUGUUGCUUCUGGUACACAUUAGAUUUGAUUCUUGGAAUGACAAUUGAGCUCUGGGGUGGACAAGGCUGACUUUUGAUCCGCUGGUAGGAGCCCCUGUAAAUCCGGGUGGAUCCGGAAUAGUUGUGGUCUUUGGCUUCGAGAUAGGAGGGUUAUUGAGGUCGAUGACCCAUUGCGGAGGAGGUGGAGGCGGGGUCAUGGGUUGGGACAUGUUGGCUGGUUGAUGGCCUUUAUGUGAAGCGUUCUGGACUGGACUUGUACGUAUGUCGUCGGUGGGCUGCGCGCCUGUGGAGGUGCCGCUAAGCUAGGAAUGAGCUCAGGCCGUACGUAUCGUUCGCGCUUGCGGAUUGGAUUAUUAGACGUAGUCAGCACCGGCCAUAACGACAACGAACAAUAUCCCCUAUCAACACUCCUACAACACUAUCUCUAUAUUUAUUUUCGAUACUCAGCUUUGAAUGCGCUGAUUAGAGCGAUGACUUUAUAAUUGCGCCUCACGACCUGUACUAACAAGGCGAGCGCGCGAGUGACUUGCUGCGAGUUGCCGCCGGUUGCGCCAACGCUCCUGGUUGCUUGUGGAGGGGUAACAUACACAUUUUGGUCACUGACCAGAAAACCAAGGCAAGAUGAGUUCAGGCGGGGGAGAUGCCAAGCUCUUUGCAAGAGGCAAGGUGGCGGAGCUGCGACAAGAGCUCAACUUUGGGGGAAAGAAGGACAAGAAUCACUCCGCGAAGAAGAUAGCGCUGAAAAAGAUCGUGGCGAAUAUGACGAUGAGCAAUAAUGAUAUGGUGGCCCUCUUCCCAGAUGUGGUUGCGUGUAUGGAUAUACAGAGCUUGGAGAUAAAGAAGAUGUGCUUCUUGUUCCUCGUCAACUAUGCCAGAAUGAAGCCGGAGACUGCAGUCAAGGCCCUUCCGACGCUCGAAGGUGAUAUGAAAGAUUCGAACCCUCUGGUCAGAGCGCUGGCACUUCGAACGAUGUCUUAUAUACAUGUGAGGGAGUUUGUGGAAGGAACAGUUCCGCACGUCAAACAUCUGUUGAAAGACUCCGACCCGUAUGUGCGAAAAACAGCUGCGUUUUGUGUGGCUAAGCUAUACGACCACGACAAAGACUUGGUUGAGAGAUCAGAUCUCAUCGAGAGGCUGAACUCUAUGCUUAGAGAUGACAACCCAACCGUAGUUGCGAGUGCGUUAGGCAGUCUCAUGGACAUCUGGGAGCGGAGCGAUGCGAUUAAGCUUACCAUAGACUAUAGUAAUGCAUCAAAGAUGGUUCAAAUCCUCCCAGACUGCUCAGAAUGGGGCCAGACAUAUAUCCUAGAAGCAUUAAUGUCGUAUUUGCCACAGGAAUGCUCCGAGGCUUUACUGCUGGCGGAGAGGAUCGCCCCUAGGCUGUCGCAUUCAAACUCGGCCGUUGUGCUCACUUGCAUAAGGGUAAUUUUGUACCUUAUGAACUAUAUUAAGGACGACAAACAAAUAACGGCUCUGUGCCGCAAGCUUUCGCCGCCUCUGGUGACGCUUCUGGCCAAGGGUCCAGAGAUCCAAUAUCUAGCUCUACGAAACGCACUCUUGAUUUUGCAACGGCGGCCGGAAGUUCUCAGAAAUGACAUCCGUGUCUUCUUUUGCAAAUACAACGACCCUAUUUAUGUCAAAGUUACAAAAUUGGAACUGAUUUUCAUGCUUGCGAAUGAAAAGAACAUCAGGGAGGUCUUGACAGAACUUCGAGAGUACGCGACUGAGAUUGACGUUCACUUCGUACGGAAAUCAGUGCGUGCCAUCGGAAAACUGGCUAUCAAGAUCGAACCAGCCGCGAAGCAAUGCAUCAACACCCUUCUUGAGCUUGUCGCGACUAAAGUUACGUAUAUUGUUCAAGAGGCUACUGUGGUAAUUCGCAACAUUUUCCGAAAAUAUCCGGAUCAAUAUGAAUCCAUAAUAUCCACACUCUGUGAGAACUUGGACUCCUUGGACGAGCCGGAAGCAAAGGCCGCUAUGAUUUGGAUUAUUGGCCAGUACGCGGGACGAAUCGAGAAUUCGGACACUCUUCUGGAAGACUUUCUGGACACCUUCGCCGACGAGCCAGUUGAAGUUCAACUUGCCCUUCUCACUGCGACCGUGAAACUGUUCAUCCAGCGUCCCACAAAGGGUCAGGACCUCGUGCCGAAGGUACUGAAGUGGGCGACCGAGGACACUGAUAACCCAGAUCUGAGGGAUAGAGGUUAUAUGUACUGGCGCCUCCUAUCUUCGGAUAUGGCAGCUGCAAAAGAAAUUGUUAUGGGCGAGAAACCACCCAUCACUGCCGAAAGUGAGAAACUGGACCCACAGACGCUGGAAGAAAUGUGCCUUGUAGUAGGCACACUGGCUACAGUAUAUCUAAAGCCUGUCCAGCAGGUAUUCCGGACUGCAAGGCCUCGUCGCCUGGCUGAAAGCCCAGCGCUCCAAAAGAAUACGCUGCCAGGAUACACAAACGGCUUCGGACCGGAUUCUCAAAAGACUCUUUCAAGUCUAGGGAUGGAGGUUCGACCCGCCGACGCCGCUGUACGCAACAUCAUGAACGGGAAUGCCGCAAAUAACAACAGCAUUUCUGCUGCAGUUAGUGCCGCGGAUGAGUUCUUUGCGGGGGUUAAGAACCGCCAGAUGGCUGCUAUGAACGUUAAUGAUGGCGACGAGGGGUUUGGCGGCAGCCCAACACAGGGGACCCAUGAUAUGGGCUACGUGGUGAACCAGAACCAACCGCAGCAGAUGUAUGCGCCUGUUAGCGGACAAGGGGCUAAUGGGGAUUUGUUGUCGUUGUAAGCCCGUGGUGUAUAUAUCAUGGGACGGUUUUAGUUAUAGCAGAUUCAUAUUUUGUUGCAUGAACGACAGCAUGCAUGUUAGCCCUUGUUGGAUUUUGAGGUUCAAAUUAAAAAUUAAAAAUUAUGUAACGUGAUUUAUCAUGACCCCGGACAUAUCAUGACCCCGGACACUUUUCGUGACCCUUCUACCUU